AUAUAUAUAUAUAUAUAUAAGUUCUUUAUUGACAAUUUUUUGCACAUAUUACAUACAUAGGUAAAGUAGCUACCCUGCCCUUGCUCCCCUACCGCCCUCUUCCUCCCACCCUUGAAACUGUGAACCAGUGAAUUGGUCAGACAUAUGUACAGACAGGGAGAGUAAUAGACAGACAGGUGGACAAACAGGCAGAUGGAGCAAAAGAUGGACAGAGUCAGAUAGAGAGAAAAUGAGAGGGGGAAAGAUAAAUAAAUAAAGUAACAAAAGAGAUAGGGAAACAAUGAGAAUGAUACUGUAAUAAAAUAAUAAUUGAGACAAUAACAAUAAAAAUAAUAGCAACAAUACUUACUAAACAACAAAGAGAAUAAACAAUGAUAAAAAAUGAUGGUAAUUUAUAUAUAUAUAAAACAUUAGUAAACGCUUAUAUCUGCUCACACCUAUAUUAUAGUGUGUUAUAAACCAUUUAUUUGUUUGCAGUCCAGUACAAUGCCACCAAACCAACAGCCCAACAAAUUUGUUGACUCACCUCUUACUCAGCGUCACCCCAAUCUUAAGAUUAUAAGAUUUACAAAGAUUGGAUUUAUUGCAGAGCUUUUACUUUAGAUUUUACAUGUGUAUCUAAAAAUACACCUGUCCCUAAUUUUCACAUUCUGGCUUUAAAUAAAUGGAAAAUCUAGAGCUCCUCCCUCAUGUUUGUAGCACCAACAUGAGUCUAAGUUCUUACACCCAGGUGUUGUUUCUAUGCUGUUAACAGAAAAAAGAUCAGACCUGAAAGUUUGUCUGUAUUUUAACUGAAGAACCUGUGAUAAUCACACUCAAACCAACCACACCCACUUUCAGGAAGUCAGAUUGUCUCUACGUGGCCAAACUUCUGCAUAUCCUACUGUUUAAAACAUUUCAUAUGUUGCAAUUCCAAGUUGAAAAACUGUGAGAACAAAGUUAUAGGACUCAAAGCAAUGAAUGUGUUGCAGGGAAACUUGUUUUACUAUACAGACAGCCUUUCCAAGCAAAUGAUGAAGUGUAACCACAAAACUGAGUCAUUCUUGGGCGCCCUGUGCUGACACGCUCAAAAUUUGACAGUACAAAAAGACAGUAUGGUCUCCUUUUUACGUUUAACUGUUCAGUGUGCAGGGUCCUCGAGCUGAGUCGCAGGUAGUGUGUGAUUGAACAGGGCUGCCGUGCCAGGAGAGACCAGUUGGUGUUCAUGGAGCGGAACAUGGAUGUGGUGUGGAUCUGCCUGCUGGGGGCUGGACUCGUCCUGGACUUGCCUCCAGCCUUCUCCAUUACAACCUCCAAGGCUGUCCCCCGACCCCCGCGACUAAUUGGCUGUGUGUUCCUGAAUCGAGCUAACGUCACCUGCCGCUGGGAACCUGGAGACACCCCAACAAUGAACUACACUCUGCAAGUUCAGAUGGUGUCUAGAGCUAUGGCCUCAACAAUGAACAGCACUCCUGCCCCCCUGAAUACACCUGAGUUCACCUGCACCACGUCUGGCACCAGCUGCACGGCGAUCACCGGCUCAUCCGUGAGGUUUGACUUUUGCAUCACCAUCACAGCACACGGUCACGACCAGGACAUACUGUCAGAACGUCGGUGUCAGUCUGGUAGGACUGAAGUGAUGUUGCCUCCAGCGACUUUAAAAAGCGUACAGCAAGUCACUGGGAGACCUCAGUGUCUGAAUGUAACCUGGAGCCGCAUCUUGGGUGACUUUCCUGUGUCUGACCCUGAAAUCAAAGCUGGAAACCUAACAUCCCAAAUUGAGUUUACAGCACAGGGGCAGUUCGAUGUUCAGGUAAAAAAUGUAAGAGUGACAGCCUACAGCUUCCUGGUUUGUCUCUUCAGACCUGACACCUCAUACACCAUCAGGCUUCGUCACCGCUACCAGGGCCCAGAGAGUCCCUGGAGCCUGUGGAGCAACCCCCGCCAGGGAAGGACAGGAGAGGACGCUCCAUCUGCAGCACCAGCAUUCUGGAGGCGAGUAAAACAAACAGACAAGAAUGGUUGGAGACUCAUCUCACUGCUCUGGAAGCCCUUGCCUCGCUUUCUAGCCCGUGGCAGAGUUCUCUUCUUCAAUGUGACUUGUCAGACAGAAAGCGCUCAGGUCCUGAAUGAUCACGGGAGCUGCAGAGAUUUGCACCACACAAGUACUUCAUGUAGCUUGCUCCUCCCCCUUGGACGAUGCUCCUGCGCUCUGACGGCCUCCACCUCUGCAGGGACCUCGCCAGAGGCCCGAAUGUGGCUCCUUGGAGCUUCUGAGACAGAGCCACCACCCCCAAGCCAAAUCACUGCAAAUCCACUGGAUGACAGUGGCUUGAAUGUUCGUUGGACGGCUCCAGUUGAUUGGUUAACGAGCGGCUUUGUAGUGGAGUGGUUUGCAGUCAGAGAGAUGAACAGCAGCAUUCUACACUGGGAGAGGCUGAAUAGUUCCUGUACAGUGCUGGUCAUCACAGAGGGAAUAAAGCCGAUGGAGCGUUAUGUUGUUUCUGUCAAAGCUCUGUAUGGUGAACAAGGGGCGGGGCAGAACAGGACGGUCCACAUUUAUACACGCCAAGGAGCGCCCUCAGCUGGUCCUCAAGUGGAGGUGCAGCAGAUCGCCGGAAGCACAGUGGAGCUCAUCUGGGGCCCUGUACCUGUGGAGCUGCUUCAUGGUUUCAUCCGCAACUACACACUCUACUACACAGCAGCAAACCAACCAACCAGGAGAGUGUUUGUGCCUGGUCACGCUCACCGUUACUCUCUGGAGAAUCUGUCGCCUGGUAACUACGACAUUUUCAUGCAGGCCAACACUGAUGCUGGAGCUGGAGCAGCUGGGCCCAUCGUUAAUGUGAACAUAGGCUCUGAGGAAAUCUCGAUAGUGAUGUGCGUCCUUCUUCCUCUAAUGCUGACUUCACUGGCGCUGGUGCUGAUGGCCUGCCUGGCACAGAAUAAGAUGGUGAAACAGAAGCUGUGUCAACACGUCCCAGAUCCUUCUAAUAGCAGCUUGGCCUACUGGACCCCAAAAACCAUUUCAAAGAGUAUGAAGCAACCUGCAAUGGCAGAGAAGACUGAAAUCAAAUACUCUGAAGUUAUUUUGCUUGGUGAAAGUGAGCUGCAGAACUCUGACCUCCACUAUGAAAGCGUCUGUAAUCUCCAAACAUAUUCCUCUCCCUGCUACUCUCCGCUAACAGUGUCAGGGAUUCAGACACUUCAAAAUAGCAGAAAAUUGGAGAAGUGCGCCAAAAGCUCAACCAAGACGACCUCCAACACUGGUCUCUCCUCCUGCACCUCCAUCUACUCCAAUGUCCUCUUCUCUCAGACUCUCAAAAGUCUUCCUACACCCCUCCUAUCCCCCUCCCAUCACCAAUUCAAUGACUGUCAGCACAGCACUGUCAGCGUUAAUGACGUUAAGCUCCAGCUAGGUGGAGGCAGUGAGCUGCCUGUGUCUCUGCAGGGCAGGAGCACCACGAGAUCACCUCUUUCUCAAACAGAUGAACUGAAAAACUUCUGUCUUUUACUGAGACAACAUCAAAGCCCUGUCUCCUUCUCUGACUUCAGCAGCAUCUAUCAUUCCACUGUUUCGCUCUCUCACCCAGCUGAGGUCAUGUCACCUCAACACCCUUUUUCUCAAAGCCUCAAUAACUCAGUCCCGUCGCUCCAGCCCGACACCUUCACUCGCACCGAUGCUCUUUCUGACGCUUUUACUAAGUCGUCACCUUUUCCUCACUCUGUUUUUGUGGAUUUCUCCUACUGUCCUGUGGAGUGUGAUCCUUAUAUUUCCGCUGCUGUUUAGUUUCGUGCCAGGGAAAUACAACAUUUACACCCCCUUUGACUUUUUAAUAAAACUUUCAUUAUUUUUUCUUCACAGUGGAUUGUCUAUCGAAAACAAAUUUUGUAAUUAUAUUAAAUCUGAAUAAGAGAUGAUCAAGAGAUUUGUUUUUCUCUGACAUUUUUUAAUGGUCAGUAUUGCCCUUUGGACAGGGCAAAGCUAGCUGUUCCCCUUUGUUUCCAGUCUUUAUGCUAAGCUAAGUUAACUGGCCUGCUUACUGUAGCUUCAUUUACUGUACAGACAUUAGAGUGGUAUCAAUAUUCUCAUUUAACUCUCGGCAAGAAUGCGAAUAAGGUUAUUUCUCAAAACAUCAAACUAAUACUUUAAUUACAUCCGUUUUGUUUCAAUUUGACAAGACAAAACAUGAAAAAGUCCAAGGGAGGAUGAAAACUUUUUAUAGACACUGUAAUAUUUGUGAUUGAUUUAUUAUAUUUCUGUACAAUUGUGAAGGUUUUAUUAAUGACAUUGUACUAUUAUACACACUUGUACAGUUAACAGCAUUUCUCGUCUUCCUGUGUACUUUAUCCAUCACAUCCCUGUUGGUCAGUUUCUCCUGGUGGCAGCUGUUUCUUUUUGUUGAUGCAGUUUGUCUCGACUCUUCCACUCGACAUAUUACAUAUUUUUUCUGUUAUGUACUGUACUUAGUUUGAAAAGGGACUUUCUCGCCUCAUCAGAGUUCUGUUAGUUGUCUCAUGUUUUGAAAACUCACAUACCUCAAAUUCAGAACUCUUUUAUAGCUAAAAUGCUGCUGACUGGAAUUCAACCUUACAAUGAGCCAAUGUAGCAUUGUUUGUAACUGUGAUUACUUCAGAGUUAAGUUCUUUUCAGUUUACAUUAUUUGUAUGUUUGACCAUUAAAAUUUGCAGACAAUGCAUGACAGUACAACAGUA